AGUCCCGUUUCCCUCCAUGGUUUCCCCUCUCUCCUACUAACUUAGCGUUCGGCUCAUCACACAGCCCCGUGUUCUCUCUCUAUCAGGGCAUCUCUGCCUUUGAAGUGAAGCAAAAAAAUAAUAAUAAUCCAAGAGAGAACAAAGUUUGAACUUUCUCAGCGGGAAGAUGGAAAUGAAGAAGAGGAUCCACUUGGAGCUACGAAACAGGACACCGUCUGAUGUACAGGAACUUGUCCUUGAUAAUUGCCGAUCACUUGAAGGGAAAAUUGAAGGCCUCACCGCUGAGUUCGUCAACCUGGAAUUUCUCAGUUUGAUAAACGUUGGCUUAAUGUCUGUGUCCAAUCUACCUAAACUAGGAAAACUGAAAAAGCUGGAACUGAGUGACAACAGAAUCAGUGGCGGCCUUGAUGCUUUAGCAGAGAAACUCCCAAGCCUCACACAUCUAAACCUGAGUGGCAACAAAUUGAAAGACAUCAGCACAUUGGAACCGUUGAAAAAGCUGGCCAACCUGAAGAGUUUGGAUCUGUUCAACUGUGAAGUAACAAAUCUGAACGACUACAGAGAGAGCGUCUUCAAGCUGCUGCCCCAGCUCACAUACCUGGAUGGUUACGACAUGGAGGACAUGGAAGCCUCCGACUCUGACGGAGAGGUGGAAGAUGGCGUGGACGAGGAAGAUGAAGAGGAGGAAGAUGAAGAUGGAGAGGAAGAAGACUUUGAUGAGGAUGAGGACGACGAGGAAGAUGAAGAGGAAGUAGGCGAGGAGGAUGACGAGGAAGUCAGUGGUGAAGAUGAGGAGGAAGAAUUUGGCCAUGAAGGAGAAGUGGAAGAUGAGGAUGAAGAUGAAGAGGAAGCAGAAACCAAGAAAGGUGAGAAGAGAAAGCGAGACCCAGAAGAUGACGAGGAUGACGACGAUGAAGAUGACGAUUGAAAGCAAAACUUAUGAGCCUGCCGAGUUGCC